GUAGAGCCAAUGAAACAUUGAGUCAUCAGCAAAAAGUGCAACACUAAUUAGGGUUCUCCAGUCCCAGGAGUGAGGAGAUUUAUGAAUUUAUCAUUCAUUAGAAAUGGGAUCAGUUGAUUUCCCUCAUUUUCUGCCUUAUACAAUCAUACUGUGAUUCCUACAUCCAUAUAUGUUAUCAUGAAUUCCUCUGAAUCAAGCCAACAACAUGUUCUCCCCAAUCCAACAACAACCCAACCCUUCAUAUCAAAAUUCAGAAAAUUUACAAUUCACACACUUUCCUUAUUGGUUCUCUUUACAGCAAUCUAUUUGGGAUUCACAAGAACAAACUACUUCAAAGUUCACUUUUUGAAAUACUCCCUCACAUCACCACCACCCCCUUUUCAUGCAAUUGGGUCUCUCUUUUCACCCCCCAAACCAGUUUCUUUCCCCUCCCAUUGUGUGCUAUGGAUGGCCCCCUUUCUUUCAGGUGGUGGGUAUAGCUCAGAAGGUUGGUCCUAUGUUUUGGCCCUUCAUGGCCACAGAAAAAUGCAAUCUUUUAGGUUGGCAAUUGAGCACCAUGGUGAUCUUGAAUCUCUUGAGUUUUGGGAGGGUUUGCCACAUGAUAUGAAGAACUUGGCAAGUGAGUUGUAUCAAAAUCAAUGUAGAAUGAAUGAGACAAUUGUGAUUUGCCACAGUGAACCUGGUGCUUGGUACCCUCCACUGUUUGAAACCUUUCCAUGCCCUCCAUCUUCUUACCAUGAUUUCAAGUCUGUGAUUGGCAGGACUAUGUUUGAGACCGAUAGGGUGAACGAUGAACACGUGGAGCGCUGUAAUAGAAUGGACUAUGUUUGGGUUCCUACAGAGUUUCACAAGUCUACAUUUGUGCAAAGUGGGGUUCAUCCUUCCAAGGUGGUGAAGAUUGUUCAACCUGUUGAUGUGGAGUUCUUUGAUCCUGUGAGGUACAAGCCAUUGGAUCUUGCUUCUAGAGCAAAACUUGUCUUAGGUUCUGGUGUGAGGAAGAGUUUUGUGUUUCUAAGUGUCUUCAAGUGGGAGUAUAGAAAAGGGUGGGAUGUGUUGUUGAAAUCAUACUUGAAGGAAUUCUCACAGGAUGAUAGGGUUGCUUUGUACUUGUUAACAAAUCCUUAUCAUACCGACAGGGAUUUCGGGAACAAGAUAUUGGAUUUUGUGGAGAGUUCUGAUAUGGUAGAACCAGUUAGUGGUUGGGCUUCAGUGUAUGUGAUUGAUACCCACAUAGCAUCGAGGGAGUUUCCGAGAGUUUACAGGGCAGCUGAUGCUUUUGUUCUUCCUUCCAGAGGGGAAGGAUGGGGGAGACCACUGGUGGAGGCCAUGUCAAUGGCAUUGCCCGUGAUUGCGACAAAUUGGUCAGGACCAACUGAGUUUUUGACAGAGGAUAAUAGCUAUCCACUGCCUGUGGAUAGAAUGAGUGAAGUAAUAGAAGGUCCAUUCAAGGGACACCUUUGGGCUGAACCUUCCGAGGAUAAACUUCGGGUUUUUAUGAGACAGGUGAUGGAUAAUCUCACUGAGGCUACAGCUAAAGGCAGAAAGGCAAGGGAUGACAUGAUAAGACGGUUCUCGCCUGAGAUUGUGGCCGACAUUGUUGCAGACCACAUACAAAACAUACUAGCGCAAUGAGGACUGUGUUCUGGUUCUGGUUCUGGUUCUGUUUCCCCACUGCUGUUGUGCUCCAACUUUGUCUUGUGAUUCACUAACAAGGAGAUUGAGAUUGUAAGUGUAAGUAUUGUUUAUUUUCAGGGAAUGAUUGAGGAACAGUAACUUAACCUCUGGAAGGUAAUGUCUUCGAUAGUUAGUUAUUUUUCUUUCUGGGAAUUUUCACUUAAGGGUUAUGCAUUUAUGGAGGAACACAAUACUGUUUCUCAUGGAAAAUCUUCAUCAUUAUGGAACGAUAUCUGGCUGUUUAGAAUGGAUUUUGAUUUGAUAAGAUACACUACAUUUAUGCUUCCUCUUUUGAUCUACUUGAAAGAAAAAUAUAACUUCGUCCUUGUGCAAAUAAUCUGAUUUACUGAAGAGUAAUGCUAGUGAAACACAACAAUUAUAUAAAAUGAUUUUAUAAUUAUGUAAAAAAUAUUUUCUACUGUGUGCCCGUCGCACAAGAUAAGAAGUCAAAUAAAAAAUUUGAAUCAGAUAAUAAAGUAUUUAUUUUAGUUUAUUGGGGUCACAAAAAUCAUUCACUCCUUUCUUUUUUAAGUAAUUUAGAUCAUUUAGUAAAUAUAUUUAAUGUUUUCUUUCUAUGUACCCACCAAAUAGACAACCCCCAAAAAAUGAAAAGAACUCAAACUGUCUCACAUUCAUUGAUCUAUGAUACAACCUUUCUAAUCAAUGAUUCUGUGGACAGUUUUGUGUAAAGGUGACACAAUUAUCCAGCAACCUGCCAUUCACUCAGUCCAACCAUACAUGAAUUGUUACCAGUCAUCGUUGGUAUCAAGGGUUGAAAUUGAUCAGAAGACCCAUCUAUUAUAUCUGCUUCUCUAAAAUCUCUAAAGUAUUGCACCUAAUUCCUCUUUGUUAGUUUAAACACAGGAACAUUUCUUUGGGAUUAGAAAUGCUGCAAUUUAAUCUGAUUUUGCAGUUUGAGAUUUGAGUCUGUAAUAAUUUGAUUUGAAUCAAGCAAUUGUGAAGUAUCUCAGUUGAUAUAGAUUAAAUUGCAAAUUUCAAACAGUAGUCUCGAAGAUAUUAUUGGGACCUUAGUUUUUGAUUGUGGUUGUUCCAUGUUGCCGUUGUUGAAUAAUGACUAUGAUCAUGCUGUAGCCAACUAACUGGUUGUUCUGGUACAGGGUAGUAAGGUGCAUUACAUAGCCGUGGUUUCUAAGUCAAUAAAAGAUUGCUGCUCUGACGA